AUGUUCUAUUCUUAAUAACCUUAUAUCUACUUUCCAUUCUAUUAAACCCAAAUGUGCUUUCCAAUCUACUAUUGUUCCAUUCAACCUUUAAAUCAACAAUUACCUGAAAAUUAGGAAAAUCUAUUCUAAAAUUAGGCUAAUUACAAUCCUCAAAACAAUCAAAUUUAUGAUACUGAUUAAGAAAAGAGUUAUAAUUCUUCAAUUGAAGAUGACAAAAUGGACUUUGCUAUCAACAAAAAUAAAUAACCAUUUAAAUUAACAAAAAAGAUUACCAAAGUCCUUGAUACAACCAAUUUUCAUAAGAAUUUUGCUAAAGCAAUCGUUGCUUAUGCUAUAAGACAACAAAUUAUCAUUUUAAAGAUUUUAGGUGAAUAGAAAGGAUAAGAAUUCCUUGAACUUAUUUAAUCCCUAAAAAAUAAACUUAGCAAUUUGACACAUCUUAUCAAACAUACAUGCAACCCAGACUUUUUAAAAACCUUUCGUAUUCUUACGUAAAAACAUAUUAUUAAUUUUUAGUAUGAAUUUUCUUAAAAAAGAAUCUAUCCAAUAUAUUUACAACUCUAAAAUUUAGCAAAAGUCUAAUCAUUUAAGGCAUAAGAAUAUCAUCAAAAAAACUCUUUUAAGAAUUUGA